GAAAACCCCCGAAAACUAUAUACAGAAAACCCCCGAAAACUUGUAGCGACAAGAAGUGAAAACACUAACGCGGAAAAAGCAAAUUCUUCAGGGGUGUAAUAGAAAAAGUCACCUCCUAAUUUCCCCAUCUCCUUGAACCCUAACCUCUCGACCCCCUCGACCCCCCGCGUUCCCCAACUCUCAUCCGACCGCGCUCCACCCCUGAUUCGGCCUCGGAGCGCCCCGCAGGCCGCAGGGUUUGAGCCAGGCGGACCGGGGCCGUCCAGAUCCGGGGUAAUCGCCGUAGAUUUCUGCGGUUUCCUCCCCGCGGGGUUAUGAAGGCAGCGGGCUAUGACCCCUACGAUAGCAGCGGGACAGAUGAUGAUCUCCCCCCAGUCCAAAAUAGGGGACUAAGAGGACGAUCUUUCAGUGGGAAUGGCCGAGUGCCUAUCGGGACAUUUCCUUACAUGAAGGCACAUCAUGAUUUGGAGAGCGAAAUACACCGGGUUGAGCAAGAUGCAUAUACCGGGGUUCUUAGAGCAUUCAAAGUGCAAUCUGAUGCGAUAUCAUGGGAAAAAGAAAGUUUGAUUACUGAACUCAGGAAAGAACUGAGGGUUUCUGAUGAGGAGCACAGGGAGCUAUUGAACAAAGUCAAUGAAGAUGGGUCCAUCCGUCGAAUGAGGGAGUUGAGACAGGGAGGUGGAACUCAGAGUGGUCUGCAUCGUGGCAGCAGGGCUCUAUAUGACGCAGAACCUGGGUCCAGUGCCAAGAGGCAAAAGACAUCUCAUUUGAUUCCUUCGCAAUCUGCAAGCCUUCAGUCUCCUAUCAUGCAUUCCCACUCAGUUCCAUCUGCAAAAUGGGGGCCAUUGUCAGCAAGGAGCAAGAAGGCAAAGACGCCCAUGCCACCGGCACUACCGUCUGUGGAUCCAAGUUCAUUAAUCAACCGCAAAAUUUAUACAAGGUGGCCAGAAGACAACAACUUCUAUGAGGCCACCAUAACCAAUUAUAAUCCCACGACGGGUGAACACGCUCUUGUCUAUGACAUGGGCACACAAGCCGAGACUUGGGAGUCGGUCAGGCUUUGUGAUAUGGCACCUGAAGAUAUAAGAUGGGAUUUUGAAGGUCACGGGAUUUCAAAUCGAGAUGGCUGGGGUCCUUCUGGUCCUGCGUUGAAGAGGCACCCAAGCAACAAUGGUGCCAUGGCAGGCAGGAGCAGAGGGAGAGGCAGGUUUUCAACAAAUGAUGCCAUAAAGGAUUACGUUCCACCUCAAAAUGGCAUCGAUAGUAAUAUCGAUCACAUUGACAUACCUAACACUGAAAGUGUUGUGAUAGAGGUGGAGAGAGUAUUGUCCAAUCCAAAUAUGCGUGAAAUUGAAAAGGCAAGGAAACUGCUGAAAGAUCAGGAGCAGUCAUUACUCGAUGCAAUUGCCAGACUUGACGAGGCAUCGGAUAGUGAAAGUGUAGAUAUGGCCACGGAAGGCCGAAUGGGUUCUGCUGGUGACCACAUGGGUAGGAAUGGCAUUGCUUGUUAAUCGUUACAGCCAAUGACUGUGGACGACCUACCUCGAUUACUGAACAAAGAAACCAUGUGAUGGGAGAUCUGUCAUGCCAAAAAAAGUGUGUACUGGAAACAGUUGCUCCCUGAGAAGGUAUUCUUUGGCUACUAUACAUUGCACACGAGAGGCAGGGAGAUGCAACUGAAAGAAAAAGAAACUUUUCCGGCACCAUUCCUUCAGGUGAUUAGGGUGGUGGUAUUUCCUGUGUAAUAGACUAGAAGUAAUUGUAAUCUUUUAGAAAUGAUUAUUAACACGAAUAUCCAAGAUUCCAGAAUUUAGUGCCAACAGAUGUCUAACCCUGGUGUAGUACCAAUCGUACCAUAAUGACUCAUGGAUGUACACUGAAUUUUGCUGUGACCAUGUCCCAUUACCAUUGUGUGUUGUAAUGUAAAAAGGGAAUUGUUUGUUUCCAA